CUUCACUUGAUAGCAUUAAAUGCUCCAAUAAAUGGGAACAUGCGUGGCAUACGAGGAGCUGACCUAGCGUGUUAUCAGGAAGCUCGUCAAGCUAACUUCCGUACAACUUUCCGAGCAUUCCUUUCAUCUCAUGUACAGGAUUUGAAUAAGGUAGUACAUAAUGGGGAUAGAGAUACGCCCGUGGUAAAUCUUCGUGGUGAACGGAUAUUCAAUUCAUGGAGCGAAAUAUUCGAACAGCAACGAAUGGCAGAUGUUCCUAUUUAUUCAUUCAAUCGUCGGAAUGUCUUCAUUCACUCCGCUUGGCCUGAAAAACGUGUAUGGCAUGGAUCAGACUCAAAUGGAAUGCGUAGUGAAUCUGGUUAUUGUGAUGCUUGGAGAUCAGAUUCACCAUCUCAGUUUGGCCGAGCAUCAUCUAUCAGACGUGGUUUACCUUUGCUUAAUGGAAGUCAUGACGCUGAAUGUUCACGAGAAUUUAUAGUUCUUUGCAUUGAGGUCCUUUUUUUGCAUGAAUUCAAAACUUAA